GGGUAGUUCUCCCGAUGGCCACGAGGGGAACGUCAGGCGUCACCGAUUCUUCGGAUUCUUCCGCUGUUUUUGUUUGUUUGUGUGUUUCUUUCGUGAAGCGCCCAUGGAAGUGUCCUAACUGGAGAUGCUACGUGAUGCUACGCCGGUGACAAUCCACAAGCUUGCGACUGAUUUUCUCGAGGCACCAGAUCGGAUGCAAUGAUCGACGACCACCCCCUUAGCCCACGCUCGGGAACCUAAAAAAUUGGAAACAUGUCGUCUGAAAAGUUGAAGGCGACGCUGCAGGAGGAAUACCCGCUUCACUGGCUGGCUUGGCACAACGACUAUGACGCCCUCAAAAUCUUGUUGGAGCAGAAUGCGGACGGCAUUGAGCAGCGGGACUGCAGGGGCCGAUCGGCGCUCAUGCUGGCGGUCACCCUGGGACACCUGGAAGCGUCCAAGAUACUCCUCAACCACGGAGCCAACGUCAACGUAGAGAACAACGACGGCUACACGGUGGUGCACGAAGCGGUGAGCACUGGUGAUCCGGAGCUCCUGGCGGAGGUGCUGACUCACCGCGACCUCCAACGUUACAGCACAUCAGUCGGCGGUAUCCCUGAUCUUCUCAAACGCAUCCGGGACACCCCUGACUUCUAUGUGGAAAUGAAGUGGGAGUUCACGAGCUGGGUACCCCUCCUGUCACGGAUGUGUCCGAGCGACACCUACAAGGUUUACAAAAGCGGCCCGAAUGUUCGCAUCGACACCACCUUGCUGGGCUUCGACCAGUCCAGCUGGCAGCGAGGACGCCGGAGCUACAUCUUCAAGGGCCAAGAGGACCUGGCGAUCAUGAUGGAGGUGGACCACGACGCCUGCCAGGUGCACGUGGAGCAGAUGCAGGUGCUGCCCCCGGAGUAUGUGGACCUGGCAGGCAGCCUGAGGCCCUCCCCGGACGCCGUCUCGGCCAGGCUCACCUCCCCCGUGGUGGCCACCUACAUCGACACGGACAAGAUCAGCUUCGAAAGAAACAAGUCUGGGAUCCUCGGCUGGAAGAGCGACAAGAACGAAACCAUCAAUGGCCACAACUGCAAGGUGUUCAGUGCCACCAACGUGGAGCUGGUGACCAAGACGCGGACGGAGCAUCUGUCCGAGGUAGACAAGGCACGCCAUCGAGCUGCACGCUCCCCGCUCCAGUCCUUCCUCGGCACCGUGCAGGUGGAGGAGGCGGCCGGCGUUCCCAAUGGGGACGUGAUGGAGUGCCGGGGCAACCCGUGCCACAUCCGUCCGGAGGAGUACUUCAACGCCCAGCUGGACCUGGGGGGGAGGGACAUUGGGCGGCCCAGGGAGACCACCGUGCGCACCCACAAGUUCAGGGCCAACCUCUGGCUCUGCGAGGACUACCCCCUCUCUCUGCCCCAGCAGAUUCUUCCCAUCGUCGACCUCAUGUCCAUCAACAGCUCGCACUUCGCGAGACUACGAGAUUUCAUCACCCUCCAGCUUCCCGCAGGUUUCCCAGUCAAGAUCGAGAUCCCGCUGUUCCACGUGCUGAAUGCGAGGAUCACGUUCGGCAACAUCAACACCGUGGACGAGUCGGUGGCCGGGGUGACGACCCGCCGCGACGACGGGGUGGUGACAUGCAGCAUCGAGGACUACUGCUUCGAGCCCCCCGGCGGCUACACCAAGCUGGGUGCCAACAAGCUUCGACAGUUCAGCGUUGACGAGGACGACGAGCUCCUCCAGUACGCCAUCGAACAGUCGCUCGUGGAGGCAGGCAGCGAGGAGGAUCAGGUCACUGUUUGGGAAGCCCUGACUGCGAGCCGGCCAGCCGUCACCCCAGAGCUCGACGAAGAUCACGCACUGCAGAGGGCCAUCCAGGAGAGCAUCGCGAGCUACCAGCGUUCGUGCGGCAGCGCGGAGGAGGUGGCCGGCGGGAAGGCGGCGAGGGACUACGCGCCGCCCGCGGCCAAGGCCGCCACAGGGAACGGGGGCGAGGAGGAUCUGGAGGUUGCGCUGCGUCUUUCCCAGCAGGCCAAGGAGGAAGAGGACCGGCGGCGCCAGGAAGAGGAGGACACCAUGGAGCGCAUCCUCAGGCUCUCUAUGACGGAAAAGUAGCGGGGGCCCCGCAGGAGCGUCGAAGCACAAAGAGGAAGACGAGCCCGGCGGUCGUAGACGCAACAUUUUUUGGGAAAUUCUCGCUCCCGGUGCUGCCGCAGCCCCCUUGCGCGCGUCUCUUCGACGGACCGGGUCGUCGAACCCCGCUGCCGCGGGCCCUGGAGCGCGUUUCCGACCGAGGCGCUUACCGUGCGUUCAAAAGUGGUCUCUCGAUUUCCGCCCGACGACGUCGCGGAGAUGCUGUGUUGUUGCGUGCUGCGAUCUUAAUGAUGGCACGACAGCGGGGUGGAUGCAGCAAAAGCCCGUUGCCCCGCAGGUUGCCCUGCAGCUUGACAGUCCACCAAAGCUGUGGCAGCCGAUAAUCGUGACAUUCGACGUCGCAACGCUCCGGCUUUCGCGACGUCAUUUGUUGCCGGGACCACUUUGGACGCACGAGCGAAAUGGGACGCCAAACGCACCGACCGGAGAUGCCUUGUGGGCACCACGCCGUCGCCUUCGUUUGCCGGGACUGCCGACCGCAGCAACGGCAACGGACGACGAGACUUAAAACUGCACGCGAAAGUGGGUUGUGGCAGCGCCGACGCCACGUUGGGUCGAGGCAUUUCUUUACUCCGUCUCGAAAGUCACAAACAACUCUGAACUUUGGCCGGUCAAGUUCGAGACGCUGCACAGCCGAAUUCCUCGGGGUUUCGGAGCGCUUCGUCCCUGGAUCCCUUCUCGCCACGUCGGAGUUCCGACUCAACUUUCUGGAGCCACCGUUAAAUCAUACUUGGCAGACCUUUUUUUUUUUUUUAACGCUUGCGCGCGCCCUUCCUUUUCGAGCGACGAUGAUGCGGCUGUGUGUAUCUUGUUGAUUGCAGGUAGAUGGUGGCAUAUCGUUACACGACCUCGGCAAUCGCGUUUUUUUAGUUGUUUUUCGGCGACUUCGUGUCGCUUCUUUCUCUUUGUCUGGAAACUGCGAGCGUGCAAAGAGGCAUUUCGUCCCAAAAGGGAGUGGAGGAGGCUUCGAAUCCGAGCAUUGUAUGACUUGGGUGUUAACGAGAUGCGUGCCGAUUAAACUGUGCUGCUGCUUAUGCGCUUUGCGCGAAUGAAGUUGGUCCUUUGUAGCCCUGGCGGGUUUGUCGUGAGAGGUUAAGGGGGCUGAGGUGCUUUAACUUUUUUUGUUGUUUAUUCACCCAUCAUCUUGAAAUAGGGUUUGCUGGUAUAUUUUUCAGUGGCACUUUCAAAUGUCCACUUAGUUUUCUUAUAGCGGUACUAUAUCCUGAAUUAUCUAUGAAUUUGGAAUUUUAAUUAGGUCCUCCUUAAAGGUCUUUAGCAUAUAAUUCUUCACAAAAUAGGAUUAACUUGUAUGGAUUUGCUAUUACCAAGACAAGCUUUGUGCGGUGAUGCUAUUUUAAGCCUAUAAUUUAUUUAUAUUGGUAAAGACAUUUAUGACCAAGUUGCACAAAAUGGCGAGUUAUAUUUUUCAGACUAAUGGAAUGAGAUUAUUGUAUAACAAAAAGCAAACAAGAAUAGCCUCGCCGCACAAAGAAUGUCUUCUUGAAUGCAAAUAUUUAAAAAAUUCUGAUAUAUUCUGACGAAUCACUACACCCAGAGCUAAUUAAAAUUGCAAAUUUAUUGAUAAGUCGGAAGUACAGCACUAUGAAAACUAAUUGCUCAUUGAAAUCACCUUUGAGAAAUGCAUCGGUAUAGUACUCAAUUUCAACACAAUAGAUGAAUAAACAAAAUAAAGCUGAAAAAAGUCUGACCCCUUUUUGCUCCCUAAAGGCCGACAACCAGACUCGAGAGUCUGCAAGGCAGAAUAUCCUGCUCACCAUGGGGGAGGAGGCAACAGGCAACGGUGGGCAGGGAAGAAUCGGGGAGGGAAGGAAGCGAGGGAGAAGUGGAAAGUGCGAACUGGGGGGGGGGGUCGUCGGUCUUUAAGCAAUGAGAAUCUGUGUGCAACUUCUUUUUUAUGGACACUGUGGUAGCAGCAGUGCGCUUUCAAACACCCAUUACCAAAUGACCUGGAGUGGUACCCCGUUGGAUUGUUUUACCUUGUGUACCUGGAAAGGAGAGUCUCGACCCUGCAAAGUGCCCGUAGCAAGAUCGUGUUGGUUUGCAGUGAUGCAUUUCUAUAUACCUAGUGCCAUUGAAGACUGGCUAAAUUGUGACUAGGGGAAUCUGUGGGAAUUUCAUGCAAGAGUUGAGAGAUGUUAAAAAUUUAGGUGCUGGCAUAGUUCAGCUAAUGCGAGAAGCAUAUAGUAACAAAUUAUUGUACCUAGGCUCGAGGCCACCGUUGUGUAAGCCUUCAAAAUUGGACAGAUUCAGACAGAUGCUGUUUACACAACCGCCAUGUUGGUGGAUGAAACCAGACUCCAUUACUGCAUGUCAACUCUGCAAGUACCAUCAACCCUGCUAACCCUGCUAUAUGAUAGCGAAUUUAAUGAUGUACUGCUCUAUGCUUGCACUUAUACUGCGAAGUCUAAGUCUCUUUUCUACUCUCGUCCUUGACGUGAACAUGACGACAUUCAAUUCUAAUCGCCUGAUCAUUGUUGUGCAGAAGUUGCCUUUUCUCAUCUGUCUGUAUAUGUGACAAAGCUUGCCGCAAAGGUUGGACCAAAGUAACUUGUAACAGCCCCUUUGUCAAGAUGCUGCGAUUCUAUUAUCCACGUUUUUCUAUUAAUCCUGUCGGGCAGUGCAGAGCAAUAUUGUGACUAAGUGGAGAAUGAAUCACUACUUCAGCUACCCUGCUUGCUUGGUUUCUUGGUUGUGGUCAUCUGCCUUUUGUUUCUGAACAGUGCACUUGACAGGAACGUCUGUUGCGACAAUGCCCAGUGCACUUCCAGGGACAGGGGGUCACCUUGAGAACCUGGCAGUAACAUUGCCAGUUUCGUUGUUUGCAAGAGUUGGUUAAUCUAUUCCAGCCAUAACUGCAUUUGGUCACCAACCAUUGAGAUGAAUGCUGUGGCAAUUCCUAAGCAGAUGUGAUGACUCGGUCAACUUGGAUCAAGGAAUUGUAGCACUGUUUUGGUUCUUAUACAAUAGCAUGGUUGUGGUAGUAAAAAAAAAAAAACAGUUUGUGAGUCUCCUGUGAGGAGAUGCCCCGAACUGACGGGAUGAAAACAGACUACGGCUUUUGUACAUCUUUGACUAUGUUUCACUGGAGCAGUGGCCUAGUCGAUCUAUGCUCGUUUUAGUUGGAUUAAAACAGCAAUUAUAUACUUUCACCUUCCAUGCAUAUGCUUUGGAUAAGUAGAAGGGCACAGGUGUACGCUUUUCAGGGUAUCUGAUUCAUGUCUGGAGAGUUUGGUUCUCAAUUUGUUGUUAGUUUUUUGUUGAGAGUAUUUAUAUAAUAUUUAUUAGCAUGCUCGGUACCCUUCGCACAACUCUUCUAGGAUUCUUUUCUUGACCCUGUGUGCAUUGUCCACCUUUUGUCGUGAGCAGGUAUGACUCUAUGAUGUAAAUGCAGAGGAAGUGUUGCCAAGUGUAUCGACCUGUCCGAGUCAAUCCCGUACAGCCGUAAGAAAUGAAUGGCACAGGCUUUGUUUGGUUUUGUUGGUCAUUGGCCGAUGCUGUCAGGCCAAAUUUAUAUCCGCUUUAUAUCUUCCUGCAUAUAUUGUACAAAUACAAAUAAAUGCAGAUUCCGACCACA